AUGCACUCACUAAUAUCUACGUCGUCACAGACGCGUCAGUUGGAGGCCUUUGGCCGCAAGGUGACGGCAACAGCGAGCCACCUCAUGGGCGAUCCUUCCUCCACACACUAUCCCACUGCUAUGAGCAGCCUCUCCCGCCAGAUUCGGCGCCCUGCAGUUCAACGGGCGGUCUUUUCCUUCUCUCAGCAAGCUCCUUCGGAACUGGUGAGAGCAAAGCUCUCCACCAGCGAAAUCGCCCAUCGAGCCCUGACGUACAUUCCCGACGAACAGUUGCAGAACAUACCCGAAGAUGACAACUCUUAUUCCUUAUUCCAAGGCUUCCAGGCUUCUGUCCCUGAAGAUGAGAGCGAACAUCGUAAGGGACACCGCCGACGGAGCUCCAAACAGCACAAGCUAUUAGGCGCUGGUGAUGUGGAAGAGGAUGGUCCGCCAACUAUCCAACGCCUGAAGAAGAAACGCAAUGCUGUGAAUCACAGACUGGAAAUGAUGGCCGUAAGGAAAAACAUGUGCUCAACUGAAAUUCGGGAUAUAGACAAUAAGAUCGCAAAUCUUCAAAACAUCCGACGGACGGUACUCGAUCGACUUGCAACUCUAGAAAACGAGGAAGCGGAGGUCGAGCAUGAGGUACUGGAGCUUGAUAACAAAAUCGAGGAAAUGCAGGAGGAGCUCGAGGAACAGGGCGCCUUGGACCAGUCCACAAGCAGUCUCAAUCCUCCUCGGCCAACCACUCCCGAAUCAGAGUCGAUGGAUGCCUCAUUCAUGUCGCAGUCUAUCUACGAGAAGCUUCCGUCAUCAGUGUCACCCAAGUCGAAGAGGCGGCCGACAUUUGCGAAAAGGAAAUCUAUGCCAGUCCUGCAUGAGCAUCUCGAGCCUGGGUCUCAUAUCAAAACCAUUCCAGCUCAUAACGACAUAAUAGCUGCCUUGGAUUUCGACCAACCAUUCGGCACGAUGAUUAGCGCAGCGCUUGAUGAUACAGUGCGUGUCUGGGACAUGAAUCUCGGCCGCUGUAUGGGAUUCUUGGAAGGCCAUACUGCUUCUGUCAAGUGCUUGCAGGUGGAAGACAACAUCGUGGCGACAGGCAGUCUCGAUGCGACUAUCAGACUCUGGGAUCUCAGCCGCGCCAAGUACGAACCCUAUGAACACAGGGUAGUUGAGACUGGUGAUGAUGAAGAGGACGAUGGCCUUGGAUUUGGGAAUGAACAGGAGGAUGCGGCACCACCACCACACCCGGAUGCCAUGGCGGAUUGUCCACUCUUCAUUCUCGAGGCUCAUGUGGAUGAGGUUACCGCUUUGCAUCUUCGUGGUGAUACACUCGUCUCAGGAUCAGCAGAUAAGACCAUCCGCCAGUGGGACUUGGUCAAGGGUCGAUGUGUGCAGACGUUGGAUGUGCUAUGGGCAGCUGCUCAGGCUAGUUCAACGAUGAACAGCACAGAACCGCAGUGGCGACCUACCGGACGACCUACCGAUGCCAAAGCUGAUUUCGUCGGUGCUUUGCAGUGUUUUGAUGCCGCUCUGGCUUGCGGGACCGCUGAUGGGAUGGUACGGUUAUGGGACUUAAGAAGUGGCCAAGUCCAUCGAAGUCUAGUCGGGCACACUGGGCCAGUGACUUGCUUGCAAUUCGAUGAUACUCAUAUAGUCACGGGCAGCCUUGACAGGAGCAUCAGAAUCUGGGACCUCCGCAUGGGUACCAUAUUCGAUGCAUACGCCUACGAUGCUCCCAUCACAAGCAUGAUGUUUGAUGCCCGACAUAUCGUCUGUGCUGCCGGCGAAGAUGUUGUCAAAGUAUACGACAAGACCGACGGCAGACAUUGGGAUUGUGGAGCAGGGGCUACAACCACGGUGGAAGACCGAAUGGCCGGGGCAAAGACGAGCAUUGUGGAGAAGGUCAGGCUGAAGGAUGGAUAUUUGAUCGAGGGACGAAGAGAUGGUGAGGUUGGAAUAUGGACGUGUUGA